AUGAACUCAACCAUGAUGGCCAACCCCACCCUUCCCUCGGACCUCACCCCCUGUCUCGUCCGUCAAGUCUUCUUCGCGCUCUUCCACAGAAUAGCUGUGUUCUACCUAAUCUUCUCCAUCAUCGACUGUAUCGUCGACCGCAUCUUACGCUUACGAUGCGUGCGCAAACGAAUCUGGAUCUUGUACCCGACCGUGUGGGUUUGGUACUUGAAGUUGUGGAGCUUGUAUCUGGUGGUCUGGUAUUGGUAUGCCAGAUUGUGGGGUUGUCAGUCGAAGCACUGGAUACAUGGGGAAAUGAGAGAGGUAAAGAAGAGCAGCAAGAGAUUGAUACUCCAGAGCAAGAAGAGCAGCAAGAAAUGGUCUCGCAAGGUCAUUGAAACGGUCGCCAUGGUUGGUGGAUUUGUUGCUGAGGCUCUGGGAGACUUUGUAAGGGAAAAGAUGGAUGAUAUCAGGGCUGUGAGGGUUCUCGCUGUCCAUGCACCCACGACCAUCAAAGAAAGGAAGGAGAGAAUGGUCGUCUACGCGGCUGAGUUUUUCAAAGAUCUGGCUGAGUCUCUCAGGGACCUGCACAACGCGGGUUUGAUCACAGAAGAAGACGAGGUGGAGCAAGAGACGAAGAAAGAGGUCAUGACAAAGAUGGCAAGGAAAGAGCAUCUCCACUCUACAGAUGCAAGAAGAAGCGACAGAGUCAAUGGCAGAACCUACGCCAGCGUUGCCGCCACGUACCUCAAGACCGAUCUGGAAAACGACAGCAACCGCAAUUGGUCCAAUGAGCAUGGCAAUUUGAGUCCUGGCGCCAGUCCGCAUCGUUCGAGUCGACUCUACUAUCCCAGUCCAGGUCCCAGCCCCAGUCACAGGAAUUCGCCUGGCUCUCCUCGCUCUGUUCAAGUCAGUCACCCCAGUCCUAGAGAUCCUCCUGGCUCUGGCACUGGAUCUGGAGUCUCAUCUUCCAACUCGUCUUCUGCGGUGUAUAUACCUAGCUCGACUGCUUCUGCAUCUUCUGGCUACAACAUUGUGAUGCAUACACCGAGCAGCACUACGAGCUCGAGCAGACGGGCAAUAUACACUCCAAGCUCCACCACCUCAUCGGGCACCACAGUAAACUACACACCUGGUGCCUCUGGUAACGGAAUCGGAGGCACUGGGACUGGAGAUUAUGACUCGAGUCAUAUGGGUGCAUACAGCAAGUCUGGAAGUCUAUCGAUUUUGUACACACCCUGCACCGAUACUGAUGCUGGAGAAAUGUCGGUGGGCACCCACACACCAUCUGCAUCUGAAAGCUCCGCAAGCAAAACACGCACACCACCUUCUACCAACAAUACCGACUCUGAAGAUGAGUCAUUUCCAGGUACACCGACCUCGACAUCUUCGUCUGGACCAGACUCAACUGUCAUCUAUACACCACCUCGUAUUGAUGGUCUUGACAAUGAAGAUGCAGUAGCUCUAGGUACACCAGACUCUGCUUCUUCGUCUUCAUCUGCCUCAACGAGUGAUGCUACACCAAGCCCAUGA